CCUACCUUGCCGCUAAGCCUUCCCCACACGUGGAAACAGAGUUCGCCAAGUGCAAAUCGCACGUGCCACAGACGUCAGUGCACUCCCUCUCCCCCCCGGCCAUCGGACUUUACGCCUGGGAAACCUCCGACGUUCAAUCUAUCCCAUCUAUUCGUCGACCGCCCCAAAAAAAGCCACGAUAUACCUACCUGACGUACCGCCAUCUGUCCUCCUUUUUUCCUCCACGAAAGCGCAGAGCGCCAUUUCUUACCACCGAGUCGCUGGAAGAUAUAAGGGAUAUUCUCCGAGCGUACGAAUUCUCCGACUGUUGGACUAGACUGGGCGCAUUGCUUGUCCCUAGGAAACCUACGCCCCAUACACAAACACAAACAACAAGAACAAGGAGAAGAUAUCUUCUCCGAACGCAACAAUGUCAAACCGCUUCGGCCGCGACACCACCCGCAACUCCCUCUUCUCAACCUACGACUCGCGCUCGACUUCCCCCUCAAAACUGAAAAACCCGUCCAACCGGCCCUCGCGCCCAACCUCCGGCUACGGUUUCAACUCCUCCUCCUCCACCCCCUCCCACACCCCCUCGUCAAACGCAUACAACAACAGCGCACCAGCAUUCAGCGCGUACCCAGGAUCCUCACACUCCCCUUACGCUGGAGAAAGUGGCAGCGGCGGAGGCGGAUUCAGGACCGCGACCCCGAAUUCCCGCGGCCAGUACAGCGCCGCUGUCCUCGAUGAACUCGAGAGCCAGAACGACGCGGAGGUCGGCAUGCUGAGCUCCAAGGUCAGGGAUCUAAAACACUUGACGAACCUAAUCGGCACCGAAAUCCGCGACUCCUCCGCAUUAGCCGAUAAAAUGAACGAGCAGUUCGAGGGCUCGAGACAGAAGCUUAGGGGGACUAUGAAGAGGAUGUUGAGGAUGGCGGAGAAGACGGGGGUGGGGUGGAGGGUUUGGCUGGGCUUUUUCGCGGUGGUGUGUUUGCUGUUUUGGUAUGUGUGGCUUUUUUAAUCCUACGGGAUUUUGGGGGAUGGGGAGGGUGGGAGUAUAUACGUGUGUGUGUGUGUGGAGGGAGAGGGAGAGCAAAGCAUGCGAAUUGGCGUUUUUCUGCUUUUCUAUAUUGUUGGGUUCUUUUGGGCAGCGGAAAAUGUAGCGACUUCUUUUCUGUUGUUUAUACUCCGUACUAGUACAUGCAUCAUUUCUGCCCCGUUCUGCUUUAAUAUGGGGCCGGGUAUAUAGUAAAUGCGAUGCUCUCGACAUAUACGAACGGUCAUGC